AUGACUACCGAUAAGACUCACAAUGUUGCCAUAGCCAACAGCAUUACUUGGAGAUCAACACCAUUGGAUCUACAUUCCGCUAUCCUCUCGGCUUUUCAAUAUGUCUUCUACUUGUUCCACGCUUCACAAAUGUUUCUCAAGGUCUCAAAUGACAUCCCACUUGUUUUCCCACCAUGCGUUCCAGUCCAAUGUACCACGCAACCAAAAGAAAUCAUCAUUCUUCAUCGAUCGAGCCUCAGUCAGGGGUAUGUUAGGAGCUGGAGCACCACGCUUGCACGUGGAGACGACUUUUCUGGAAACACAUGUAAGAAGGACUCGCAACCCGAGCGGGCUUUCCAAGUGCAAAGUGCAAACACGACGGGUCUGGAGGGCGAGGAGGCAGCCAUGGUCCAAUAUGUCAUUACGCCGUGGCGGCAUCAGUCUGAGCUUAUUGAAGUGCGGGAGAAGCUGUAUGGGAAUGGGAAAGAAGUGGCGGCCAUGAGGGAUGCGGUUGAUCUGGUCGGGGUGUGGAUGCAAAGAGGUAAUUGCCCGCAUCUAGUGGAGAGUACGGCUCUGCUUGUUGCAGCGGUCUUGAACGAUCGACGAGGUGGAAACUCGACCUAUUGUGUUAGAGCCGCCUAUGGAGGUGCGUUUAGUCGGUUUGUAACAGGUCUCUUAGAUGGACACCAAGUCAAACAGAAGAAAAUGAGCAUGUACUCAAUUGCCAAAUCAAUCGGACUACCAGCAACCUAUGUUGAGCUUCGUCACCAAGCCACCCAUGAGGAACUACCAUCACUCUCGAAGCUCAGAACUGCUACGCAAAAAGCACUCAAUUGGAUCUGGGAUUACUACUGGGUCAAGUUGACCAUCGAAACUGCGCCAGCACAAAAGCAUGACUGCAAAGCCUUCGUCCGUAGAAUAGUACAAGAAACCGACCAGACGCGGCGAAGCGAACUAGAAUCGAAACUCGGUGGCUGGGACGAGGAUGAGCUCUUGAUGGCGCUUUUGGAAAUUCAAUGGAGUUCAAAAGAUCCGGCAGUCUUAUUACGGUGUGUCAAUUUGCACAAGAAGAUUACCAAAGGAGACUCAACGCCAAAGCCAAGUGCAAAGAGCUCCAAAUCUAGCACGCCUAUGUCCAAAUUGGAGAAAAUGAGAGCGGAAAUGGCUGCGAUGGAUGAAGGACUUGACGAAGUGGAAGCAGACAUUGAACCGGUGCCCGAGGAACGAGAAGACAUGGAUGUUGAUGAACCGUCAAGUGGGAAGGGCUGGUCACUCUGGCAAGGACCUUGGAUUCCAAAACCCAUUGUCGAUACCGGCUUCGACUGGAUAGUCAUGAUGCAGAUCGACUGGCGUAUGGACUUGAUCCACCAAUAUGAACUGUACCGGAGGAUCGCCACUGCAUUUUAG